AUGGCGGCUACCUCGCGAUUCUGGGCCCAAGAGAGCUUUGAGAAAGUGGCGCCUCACCAUGCUUCAAUUCAAGCUUUGUGGGAAGGCAAAUGGAGAGCUCCAUGUGCAAUGGGAAUUUACCCCUUUCCCGAUGGUGACGUUCGUGAUUUUGACAAGGUGUUCGAUACGCUUAUUGAGAUGAACAUGACAGAGCCAUAUGAUCCAGAUACCUAUGCUUCGGCAUUUUUUCCUGUCGCCGAGGAGCUGGAAGCCACGGCAUCCAAAGCAGAGGCUAAUCAAGAUACAGCUCUGGCUUCAGCUCUCUAUCUACGUGCCGCCGCUCUAUAUCGAAUUGCCCGCUUCCCGGUUAUCCGAUCACCCAAAACACUCGAAGCCUGGGAACGAGGAAAAGAAACGUAUGUCAAAGGCGGCAAAUACCUUACGCCUCCGAAUUUAGAAUUUAUCAUACCCCACUCCUACGCUUCAGCGUCGGACGGGGACGGCGACACAAUCCGGGCUUACGUGCGCAUCCCAGGGCACGCCUCCAAGUCAUCACCUGUUCCCGUGGUACUCUUUGUUUGUGGCCUUGAUGCUUAUCGUACAGAUUUUACAAGCCGAAUUGAUGAACAUAUUCGGCGAGGAUUUGCCGUUGUAAGUGUUGAAAUUCCUGGGACAGGCGACUCGCCUGCUUCGAGACAGGACCCUGUCAGUCCCGACAGACAGUGGUCAAGUGUUUUGGAUUGGGUUGAGGCACAGGAGAUGUUCGACCCAACGAAGAUCUGCGCUAGGUCCAUGAGCACUGGAGGAUAUUAUGGUAUGCGUAUGGCCCAUACUCACGCCGAUCGCUUGGUGGCGGUCGUUAGCCAGGGAGGCGGCUGCCACCGAAUGUUUGACAAGGAGUGGAUCAAAGCACAGGAUAAAAUGGAAUACCCUUAUGCCCUCGCCGAAGCCCUGGCGCACAAGUUCGGAUAUGAUUCUGUCGAAGCGUAUAGUGAAGACGCACAAGCAAGAUUCUCACUUCUAGAGAGCGGCAUUUUUGACAAGCCAUGCUCUCGCCUGUUCCUCAUCAAUGGAACGAAAGAUGAGAUCUUUCCUAUCGAAGACUCGAUAAUUCCAUUCCAGCACGGAAGAGUUAAGGAUGUCAGAUUCAUCGAGGGUGCAUAUCAUAUUGGAAACCCAGGUGCGGAAAGCUACGUGUACGACUGGCUUGACCAGUUUAAGUAG